UUGAUUAACUGGAAAAGUAAACAAUUAAAUACUAGAAAAUGCAAAACAAUCAAUUUUAUUAUUAAUUUUUUGAUGAAUCAAGUGACUUUUUCAGCUAUUGACAAGGUCAUUGUGAUUAACGACAAUUAAUUAAUUGUAACAAUCAAAUAUCAGUCCAAAGGUUAUUCAAUUUUGAUUAAUCAAAAUCAAUGAACUUAAUCCUAACCAGGAUUAAGCAAGGGAUUAAAUAAACUCGCUAGAAUUAAAUUAAAUUAUUUACAUCAUGAUUAGAGAUGAAAACAUGACAAAAAAAAAAGGAAAUCAAUUUAAUCACAAUUAGUUUAAUCAGUUAUAACCAGACAACAAUUAAUCAACCAACUAAAAGUUAAUCUGAUCCAUUGAUUAAAAGGUAAACUCAUUGUUGAGGUUAACCGUUGGCUCUUGACCUUGUUGAUUAAAAAUAAUCAGUUAAUCAGUAGUUAAUCAUGUAAAUAAAUCACUUGAACAACUAGAAUUGUAAUUGAUUAAUCACAGUUAAUCUCAAUAAUCAAAUUAAAUUAAAAUGAAAUGAGAGAGAGUGAGAGUUAAUUAAAAUGAUCUAGAGUAACAUUCACUUUCAAUUGUAACAUAGACAUGCUCUUAACCAGUUAAUUUGAUUAUAUUAUUAUUAUAUUUAAUCAUCAUCAUCAAGUUAAUCAUCAUCACUAUUAACUAAAUCAUUGUUAAACCCAUCGACAAUCAAGAUUGUUUAAAACUAGUGGGAAACUUUUUCCCCAACAAUUAAGCUAAAAACUUUCAAAGUUAAUUCAUUUUUUUUUUCAUUCACGUUAUUUGUUUACAAUUUGAUUUAACAAUUUAGUUUAAAUCAUUUCUUUUAUUACAAUAUUAUCAUUUGGUGCAUACUGUUGAUUAUUAAUUGUUAAUUGUUAAGUCAAUCACCAAGUGAUACACCAUUAAAUCAGUUAAAUUGUUACAAUAAUCAUGGCUGAACCAUUGAAUCGUCGUUAAUCAUUAACUGUAUUUAAUUAGACUCUUAAUUAUGUCCUAAUACCAUUUCCGUACCUUAAAUUUUGAUUGUUUACCUGAAUUAAUUUACCUUGAAUUAGAAAUUGACAAAAAAACAAUUUAUAUUAGUUAAUUAAUUGUCUUCUUAACAAUCAAAUCAAUCUGAUUGUAUUUUGUUUGUUUGUGUUUAUAUGUGUUGAUAACGAUUCUCAAUCUUCAUCUUCAUCCAACUUGUCAACCUUUAAUUACAAUUAACAAAACAUUUAUAAUCAACUCACUCAACUGAGUUAACAGUUAAUUUAAUUUCAGUUUUUUAAUCAACCACUUGAUUCACAAUUAACAAUGAAAGAGGGCUACGAUAAUUCAGUUUAUGAUCAUUCAACUGAUCAAUAUAAUUUAAGUGACGGUGAUACAAAUGGUAACAAUUUAACCCUUUCAACUAAUCACAAUGAGAAUCAUCUUAAUCACAAUUACCAUCAACACCUUAAUGACUCUAAUAACAAUAAUUGUAAUCAAAUUGUUUACCAUCUUGACGAAAAUCAUUUAAAUUGUUUAUCAAAUUACGAUUCAAGUUGUAAAACUGGAAUCACUUCCGUCUCAUCAUUAGACCCAAAAGGAGCGGUGAUCGGUCUCAAUGGUACAAUCGAUACACUUAAUUGUUCAGAAUCGAUUUUAAAUGUUUACGGUUCGACCAAUGGAUCAACGAAUAUCUGUCCUUGCAAUAACAAUCAUCUAAAUCACAAUAAGAAAAGGACCUCGACCACAUUGAUUAAUCUUCGACGAGGUUCCCGACAAUUGGCCAUCUCUUUUUGGUCAUCAUUUCGAGGUGUUUUCUAUGCUUUCCUUUCAUCGAUAUUUUUCUCGAUCACAACAGCGAUUGUUAAACAUUUAUCCACCAUUCACCCUGGUGCUUUAUCGUGUUUCCGUUUCCUGGGAAUAUUAUUAUUCUCAAUUCCAAUGGUCUCUGAUUUAGGUACUAAUGUUCUCGGUCCGUCUAACCUUAGAGUUUGGGUCUUGUUAAGAGGUAUCGCUGGGGCCACUUCGCUUUACCUUCGUUAUUGUGCUCUUCAAUAUCUUCCUCUGGCCAAUGCGACAAUUAUCGUUCUCUCAAUGCCCGUUUUCGUCUGUAUCUUUGCCCGUCUCUUCCUCAAGGAACCUUGUGGUAUCUUUCACGUUAUCGCUCUUGCGGUCACUUUACUUGGAAUUGCAUUUACCGCUAAAUUAAAUGUUCUCUUUGGUUCAACCGAUGCUGAAGCUGCAGAUGCUGGAAUCGAUCGAAGGUCAGAACUUCUUGGCCUUGCAGCGGGUAUGGGUGCGACACUCGUUGGAUCUGCUUCCUAUGUUGUGGUGCGAAAGGUCAAAUCACUUCAUCAUUCAAUUAUUUUGUUCAAUUUUGCUUGGGUCGCCAUUUUGGAAACCUCUACAAUCACCUAUUUCCUUGAUGGUUUUAAACUUCCCGAUUGUGGUAUUGGCCCUUGGUUACUGGUCAUUCUGGCCAUCGCCUCAUUUUAUGCUCAACUACUCUUGACCAAAGCCUUACAGUGUGAAGAGGCUGGACUGGUCAGUGUAACUCGAGCCUCGUCUGAAGUUUUCUUUGCCUUUAUAACCCAAAUAUUUUUAUUCCGACGAAUGCCCGACAUUUAUUCAAUCAUUGGCGCUCUUCUGGUCACUACCGCCGUCCUUUUAACCAGCCUAAGGAAAUACAUUCUCACCUUGCCCCCUGACCAUUUGGGUCGAAAGAUAUUUGCUUUUACCCUUAAAUGACCAUCAACAAUUAAGCUUGACCACAGCAACAUCUUCAUCCUUGAUCAUCAAAUGUUAACUGUUUUCAUUUUAUCAAAUUAAAAUCUCUAAAUAUUUUCCCCUUUACAAAACCAUAAUCAACAAUCAUCAAUUAAUUAUCGUUUAAAGACAAUGAUUAACCUCUAUGAGUAUUAAUCAUAAUCAGAAACACCAAUUAAAUCAUAUUAAAUUGUAAUUAAUAAUAAAAUUGACACUUGAAAAUAAAAUUUAAAAUUCAAUUGAUAACAAAUUUGAAAUCAAUUGGGUUUCAUUGUUAAUCGUUACAAUUUAAUUAACUCAAAUUGA